AUGUCGAGUCCAGAUUCCAUUAUGGACGGCCUCGCGGACCUGAAGCUGGACCGAAAACCUGGUGCGGACGGAGACGGGGCACAACAAGGAGACGUUGGAGACCCAGCAAGGAUGCCGCUCAGCGCUCGAGAGUUCGUAAUCGGUGCCUCUUGUGCCUUGAACAUGCUGCAGGUACACGCCGAAGUCGGUCCAGACUGUCAGGAAUUGUCUUGUAAUGCGAAGUCGUAUCGCGCGACCAGUAGAGCUGAAAAGCUGAGCAGUUCCGCGGAGGCGAUGUGCCGUUCCACCGGCGAAGUUUUGGCUAUGUGCCUCGAAAUGGGCAAUGCCUACAUGGCAGUAAGCACACAGGAUGAGAGCUUUGGUGAAAAAGUCCCCAUCGGAGAGGUUCGUUUAGGCGCAGACGAGGGCGUGCUGCGGCCGACGAGUCAAAAUACCAAGGAGAUGAUGAAAUCGCUUGCUGAGGAGGAUGAUAUCCCCAACAUUCUCAGCAAGAUCGGGCAUGGGUGGCCCUAUAGUCGCGCACUAGAAAUCGCAAUCAUUCAGAUGACUCAGGCGGAGCACGGCAUGAGCCACGAACUGAUACCGCUUGAGAAACACAUUGAAGUACUACAGCGGUUUCUCCAGAUGCUGCUCGAAAGUGACAUAACCCAAAAAUACUCGGUGGGUGCCGAAUGUGUCAGAUACUGCCUCGCCUCAAGCUUCAAGCGUUUUCGACGCUCAGUCAUCAGUUCAACCGUGGAAAAGAAGAAGCUCAGCAGCGGAGAGUGGACAGAAUUGAAGCGCGAGGUCGGGAAAAUACAGGCCAGACUCCUUUUCAUAUCGAACUUCACUACGGCAUGGAUGCACCCAGUCGUGACCGUCUUACACAAGGUUGAGGUAAAAGUUUUCUGGGACGACAAUCAUCUCAUCGACAAUCAACUCAUCCUCGAGCUCAGAGAAAUUUCGCAUGGAUUGAGUAAAGGCUUGAUCAGCAUCCCAGCCGUCGGCUCCGAACGAAGGGGCGAGUACUACAAAGUACACCAGAGUGCAGAAAAAGCCGCAUGUCGGGUGCGUGCAGCCGCAGACAAGCUCGAAGGGGGUCUAGCGGUUUGUUGGCGUUUCAAGCACCAAGUUCAAGCAUGGUGGGAUGAUUUGGGCUACAGACAGCAGGAGGACUUCAAGUUCUUCUUGAUGCAAAAAGGCAAAGCGGAUGCCUCAAAAUCCACUACCUAUGUGAGGUUCCUGCAUCUACUGUUCACAUCCUCUAGGGCCGUCCUCUUGCUCUGCAUCGAGCGGCUGUCUGCAGUCUUGGAUGUAGCCCCUUGGGCUGAUAAGAUUACCAUCAAACCCUAUGAUCAACUUAGACUGAGGUCGUUGGAUGCGUUGCGAGAAGCUUGCAUGGUGUGGGACGAGCUCAUGCGGCAGAAGACAACGGUGGGCCACUGGGCCAAGCUCGCAAGUACACUUACGAGCGGACAAGAUGCAAACAUCAUUCUGAACGACUGUUCAAGUAUCGGCCAUUGGUUUCGCACGCACGUGCAAAUGAGAUUGUCGAUGGAACGACUCAAGUUGAUACAACGCGGAAAGCCUUUGGAAGUCGCUGUGAUCCACAACGAAUCUGAUGGAGACAUACGCGAGGGACAGGCACACAGGUACGCUGUCCGGGUGUUGAAGUCUUUGGUGGACGAAGCUGCAAGUAGCAGACCGUACGGCUACGGCUUUGAGGCAUUCAAGCUCCUGAAGACACUUUUUAGAAAGACAAAAGGUUGUACGGAUCCUACAUGGUGGCCGGGUCGAAAGCAAGCAGACUUGAUGCUGCGAGUCGAGCCUCAUUGCGAGGCAAUCUUAUGUGCGCACUGGGUGUCUCGUCAGAAUGGGGUCGAAAAGGCGUCGAAGCUACCAUUGUUCGGUGGUACUCGACCUCUGUGUGGGUCUUGCACAUCCUACAUCCGCAACUCGCUGAGACAUUUUGAUAUUGACGAAGAUGCAUGUGAUCGUAGGGUAGCAGGACAUCAUGAUGCGUACUGGACGUGCUGCAUGCCCGCUGAGGCGAAGGAAGACGUGGUCCAGGAGGUGGCCGAGGACCUGAAGAUGAAGUUACGUGAUUGCCUGCACAGAUGCGAGGUCUUAGACCUUCUAGAUGACUUGCUGCUUGGCUUGGAUCACGAGAAACCUGUUGGACAGGAUCAAUGA